AUGUCGAUUUCCACCUUUUUCGGCGGUAGGAUUUCGGUUCCGCCAUUGUUGAAUUCAUCGGCAAGCAAAACAGCUCCAUGCUCCGGUGGGAAUUUGGUGAUUGAAUGCUCGUCGAGGCCAAACAAGAAGGCGACUGCACACCACAUGAAAACGAGGCCACGGAAAUCUCAGCCAUGGGACAUUCGGCGCAAGCCGACUGUAUAUCCUCCUCUGCCGCCUCUUCCACCGGACUGGACCGUGGUUUCAUCAAUCUCCAGCGAUGAAAUUGUCGAGGUAGCCUCUUCGAUUGCUUCGUCUGCACAAGCACCGCCUACGACCGAGUAA